AUGGCCUAUGCAGAGGAGGACAGGAACAGCUAUGAGGUGUGCAAGGAAACAGCAGAUUGGUUACGAGCCCGCACUGCUCAGUGCCCGAAGAUGGCGAUCAUCUGCGGGUCCGGGCUGGGCGAUCUGGCUGCGGUGCUAGACAAGAAGGCAGUCUUUCCGUACGAGGACAUCCCCCACUUCCCACGGAGCACAGUCGCAGGGCACGCGGGCAGGCUGGUGUUCGGGGAGCUGAGCGGGCAGCCGUGCGUGUGCAUGCAGGGGCGCUUCCACUCCUACGAAGGGUACUCCGGCAGCGCGGUCACCUUUCCCAUCAGGGUCUUCUCUCUCCUGGGGGUGGAGGUCUUGAUUACCACAAAUGCUGCCGGGGGACUGAACCACCACUUCCAGGUGGGGGACAUCAUGUUCAUCAGAGACCACAUCAGCAUGUUUGGCUUGGGAGGGCAGAACCCGCUGCGUGGGCCAAACGAUGAGAGGCUUGGCGUGAGGUUUCCCUGCAUGUCUGAUGCUUACGACCCAGAUCUGCUCGGCCUGGCGAUGGAGAGCGCGCAGGAGCUGGGCUUCCAGAGCUUCGUCCACACAGGGGUGUACUGCAUGCUGGCCGGUCCCUCCUAUGAAACUGUCGCUGAGAGCCGUGUGCUGCAGGCCCUGGGGGCAGAUGCUGUGGGCAUGAGCACCGUCCCAGAAGUCAUCGUCGCCAGGCACUGUGGCCUCCGCAUCCUCGGGCUGUCCCUCAUCACCAACAGGGCAGCGACGAGCUACAGCAGCCCAGAGAAAACCAGCCACGACGCCGUGCUGCGCGUCUCGGUGGCACGGGCUGAAGCCCUGCGCAGGCUGGUGGUGCGCCUCGCUGCCCGCCUCGGGGAGAGCCCCCGCUCCCCCCGACCACAGCCACUUACCUGCAUAUAA